AUGACAUUAUCGGUUCCAGAUUGUGCGGAAAUGAGCCGCAUGCGGAUGACUCAGCACCGCAAAAUGAGUUUGGGAAGUGCACCGUUGAUUGCCAAUGGUCGACCAAGUCCGCCGCCGCGACGAACAAGUCUGGCAGAAAGCAUUCGCACACUGGCGUUCACCGCUCGCCGUAAUUCAUCACCGCUGUAUCGAAAGUCUACAAAGAAACUCAAGAAGAGUCGACUAGUGGCAAAAAAUGGCAUCUGCAACGUAUAUAACACAAAUGUGCCGAAAAAAGAUCGCCAAUAUUUGAGAGAUAUCUUCACCACCUUGAUUGACGCAAAAUGGCGGUAUAUGCUUGUUCUUUUUGCCUCAGCCUUCGUUUUAAGUUGGAGCGUCUUUGGAACCACAUAUUAUAGUAUAGCUAUGCUUCAUGGAGAUCUGUCGUUUAAUAAAUCCAAGAACCAUACAAAUUGCGUAGUCAACUUAGAUUCUUUCUAUUCAGCAUUCUUGUUUGCUGUCGAAACGCAUCACACCAUAGGAUAUGGACAUCGAUACAUCACUACUGAAUGCUUAAGUGCCGGGUUUGUUGUGUGUCUUCAAGCAGUUUGUGCGUUGCUCUUACAAUCGUUUAUGGUUGGAAUAGUCUUUGCAAAAAUGGCACGACCUAAGAAAAGAGCUGAAACCAUAAUUUUCAGCGAUAAAGCAGUCAUUUGUCUUCGUGACGGUCAAUUGUGUUUUCUUUGCCGAGUUGGAGAUAUGCGGAAUACGCAUCUGGUGGAAGCGCAUGUUCGCCUCCAGUUCAUUACGGAUCGAGAAACUUCGGAGGGAGAGAUUGAGCCGCUUCAUCAAUUCGAAAUGAAAGUUGGCCCUUCGGUUGCAGACGAUGAUCGCUUAUUCCUGGUUUGGCCGACGACACUGUGCCACGUCAUCGAUAGCCGCAGCCCACUCUACAGUUAUAAUCAACAAACCCUUAUGUCUGCUCAAUUUGAGAUUAUCGUGUUACUUGAAGGCAUUGUCGAAUCUACAGGAAUGACGGCACAAGCAAAAACCAGCUAUCUACCAUCGGAAAUUCUUUGGGGACAUCGAUUCCGAAAGCUCGUGACUUAUCAGAGAUCAAAUGGAUCAUAUCAAAUUGACUACGACUUAUUCCACGCCACUUAUUCCGUCAAAACCCCGGUUUGUAGUCCUGCAGAAUUCUAUGCUUCAAAACCUAAUCCAAAGGAUUACUACUGUCACGACAGUCAUGAACACAAAUUGGAAGAGAAUCGGUCGUCAGAUUCUACACCCCUUCCGUCUCCGUCUCCAUACAGUUAUCCAUCGACACCUAACAGUAUUCAAUCGACAUCACAAUUCCAUCGCUCGAAAUUCCAUGCAGAAAAUGUCACUUGUGAAGCUGGACUGCUAUGCCCUCCAACCAUAGUUGUUCAAAGUCCGUCAGCAUCAGCUUCUCCAAGUCAUAUGAGGAGGCGUAAUCAGCUCGAUAAAAGUCGGACAAGCAGUUCCUGCGACCUGACGCGACCCAGCACGGCACUCUCUGAUCUUGAGGAAGAGUGCUCAGACAGCGGAUCACCAACAAAGGCGCAGUUACCUGAGCUAAAAAUUGAAGUCAUCGAUGAAAACUAA